AUGGAAUUAUUAAACAGACAAUCGACCAAAGAAAGAUUCCUAACCGAACGUUUCCGAACUCAAGGAGGCAGUCAAGUACAACAGUUUUGUUCUUAUGGUACCCGUACUGAAUGCUCAAAAGUUAAAUCACGAACUGGUGAUAAGAAACGGUGUAAUAAACUUCAUUUCCGUAAAAUUAUACACCCACAUACGGAUGAAUCUCUUGGAGACUGUUCAUUCUUGAAUACUUGUUUUCAUGUUGACACGUGUAAAUAUGUUCAUUACACAAUAGAUUAUACAGAUAGUGUUAAUCAACAAUUAGAUGGUGGUGUUGCUACUCGGAAUGUGUUAAAUAAUAAGAAAAAUAAUCAAAAUGGUAAUAGUUCUACAACAAAUACAAUGUCUUCGUCAUCAUUAUCAGUAUCAUCGUCACAAAUCAACACAUCUUCAAUAGAUUCAAUUGAUGACGGUGUCAGUGGCGGUGGUGCUGUAAAAGACAAUGGAACAUCACUAAUUUUAUAUCCACCUCAGUGGAUUAACUGUGAUAUACGGCUGAUAAAUAUGUCAAUCCUUGGAAAAUUUGCUGUGAUUAUGGCUGAUCCACCAUGGGAUAUACACAUGGAACUGCCCUAUGGAACAAUGUCAGACGAUGAGAUGAGACGAUUAGAUAUACCUUGUUUACAAGAUGAUGGUUAUAUAUUCCUAUGGGUAACAGGAAGAGCUAUGGAACUUGGUCGAGAAUGCUUACGUUUAUGGGGUUAUGAACGCGUAGAUGAGAUUAUAUGGGUUAAAACUAACCAAUUGCAACGUUUAAUUCGGACAGGACGUACAGGACAUUGGUUAAAUCAUGGCAAAGAACAUUGUUUAGUUGGUGUAAAAGGCAACCCAAAAGGUGUAAAUCGAGGUCUCGACUGUGAUAUAAUUGUCUCUGAAGUUCGUGAAACUAGUCAUAAACCUGAUGAAAUCUACGGUAUAAUUGAACGAUUAUCUCCUGGUACGCGCAAGCUCGAAUUAUUUGGACGUCCUCAUAACUUACAGCCUAACUGGAUCACGCUUGGAAACCAACUGGACGGAACUUAUCUGGUUGAUCCAGCAGUUGUUGAAAGAUUUAAAAAACACUAUCCAAAUGGUUUGGAUAUAAAAGUGAAAUAA